UCGUGGCUUAGUGCUGUAAUAAGGGAAUGAACUAAGCUAGAAGUCAGAGAGUUCCAGAUGGUGGAGAUCUCGAUCUAUGAAUUUCCCGUUUCUGACUAAACACUACCUUAUCAUCGAAAUAUAUAUCCCCUCCUUAUAGGGGCGAUAACCAUUUUGUGUGAGUAAUUAUUAAAAACAGAAUUAAAACUUAAAUUUUGAUAACUCAACUUCCAAAGAGGUAUAUAUUUCAGGCAAUAGUUUCCUCUUAAGUUCAGUCGUCUUCGGACUUUCGAAGUUCGUACAGCCAUGACAUUUUUCUGUGCUCUUGCAAUCCUUCUGCUUUGCAGCUUAGUCCCAAUACAAGGAGGUACAUGUAAGCCUAGCUACCCAUUCGAGAACGGAAAGGUUGAAGAGAAGAAUGGUUCCCAAUUUCUAAGGUGCAAUGAAGGAUUCACCCUGCUUCCUAGCUCGGAAGUGAACUGCACAAAUGGUGUUUUUCCGGAGGAACCAAGGUUCUGCGCCAAGUCGGGCUGCAAGGAGAUUGAGAAGCCCGAGAAUGGAACUAUUACGUAUUACAAUGAUAAACUGGAGAGCAGGACUGAUUUCACUGCCUCUUGCCUGAAGGCGGAGAUCAAGUGCGCCGAAGGAUUCAUUUUAGCCGGAAACGACACUACUUACUGCAACGGAGAGCAGUGGCUCCUUAAAUUGGGAAGCUGCCAGGCCAAGGUUAAACAAAACAAAGACGCACAUUCCACGGAUGUAAAGGAACCCAUUACAAAUGAGAAGUCUAUAUCGAAGAAAAUUGGCACUGCUGAGACAGAAAACAAGACAUCAGACACUAAGCAGUCUCAUGACAAGACAUCCAACCCAACAAAAGCCCCAAAGGAACCCAGUAACCCACAUCAGGCUCCAAGCAAAACAACAGCUACAUCGGAGAAACCCAAAUCGGGCUCCAAUGGUGAAGACAAGUCUUUGAAGAAAGACAAAAAGGCAGCAGAACUCAACAGCGCUCUGUCAACAGCACUUAACACAACGGCUCUAAAGGAAAAAGUCUCAAAAGCCGCAGAUGCAGCAGUAAAUGCCGGAAAAGAUGUCAUAAAUUGGGUUAAAGAUGGUUCAAUACUGAAGAACAGCGGUGCGAAUCAGUGGGGAAAGUUUUGCUUAGCCUUGCUCAUUGGGGCUGUACUUGCACUUAUUUUUAAAUGAGAACCUAAGUAGUUAGUCAAAUUAUAUAAGACUCUAGUAAGUAUGCAGAUGACUCAGGGAGAGU